AUGGAAGGCUUCCUCGGACGACGAUACGACGCAGCUAACAAGCUGCUCAAUCUUUCCACUAUCGCUAGCGACCAAGAGAUCCUCCAAUCCGGCAUGUUCGCCUCAGAAGGCGCACAGAAGAAGUUCUUCCCUGCCCUCAUGAUCGUUUGCGAUGCCAUUCUGGAAACGCAAGAAGCAAAAGAGCAAGCAAUCCACAGCGUCACACUCGCCAGCAACAACCUCCAAAACACACACGCCGUUUACCAACUCUGCAAUCACUUCCGCCACAUCCAAAAUCUCGAUCUCAGUAACAACGCUUUCGCAACGCUGGACGCGCUAAAGCCUUGGAAAGGUCGUUUCAGGAAUGUCGAACACCUCAUUGUCGACCCGUUUCCAACUCCAAACUGGGAAGAUGAGAUCAUUUCUUGGUUUCCCAAACUCAAAAUCUUGAAUGGCAAUCAGGUUCGUCCUGACGCCGCAGCGGCAAACAACACCGCAGCAAACGCACAACAAAUACCGGCGUCUACUACACCAAUACCCACACCCAUACCCGCAAUUGCUGAUCCGGAGCAGCAAAGGAAAGAAGAAAUGAUCCUUUAUGUCCAGCGUGAAACCAACCUUAAGCGCGAUUACGCCAUUCAGUGCCUGGAGGCUGGACAGUGGAAUAUCGAGCAGGCAGGCAUCCUGUUCGCACAAAGUCGCGAGUCUUUGCCAGCUGAAGCAUACAACUAG